CUUACUGGCUUCCACCCAAGUACCUUCCCGUGGCCUCAUCUUGGCAGUCCAAGGGCCACUCCCACACCAGGCCCUUCUGCCCUCCCGGCCAGGCCGCGCCAAUGGUGGCUUGCAUUUCGUCUAGCAGACAAGCCGCCGCCUCCAGGACAUGCGCCUGGAUGGUCCAUGUACCUAACCCCAACUCCUUCAGCGCUCCAACUGCAAAAUUGCGCAGUGUCCACCAGCGCGGCCCGUUAGAAAACAAGAUUCCUGUGGUAGGGACAGGAAAGGAGGCGGGCCCGGGAGUUGGCCACGCCCCAUCCAGGAAGCGCCAGGUCACUGGCUACAUCCCUUUCGGGGCCUCCGACUCCUGCGGCCGAAUUCCUGCGCUUUGCUUCUUUACCAGACCUGAUGAACCUCGAUUCGAACCUUAUGCUUUAGCGCCGCCGCGCCCUCUCUCGGCCGUUUGCACCUCAUUAGCUGGAGUCUCUAUUAGGCCCCGCCCCCAUUUGCCCGCCUCUACCGUUUACGGGCCCAGCCUGAGGUGUGCAGGCCGGCACGGCCAGCGCCCGGGCCUCACCGUUUCCGCGUGUGAAGCGUUCGAAGACUGCCAUGGACCCGCGGCCGGAGAAGGCAUCUGCCUGUAGCACUAACGCGUCCCGCAGCGCUGCGUAGCCGCACAGCACCACUGCAGGGCGCGGGCCCAGCUGCGCUGUGAACACCGGGCCCCGGAGAGCUACAGGGAGCCGGUGCUCAGCUGGUGCCGAUCGGGUUUCUCAUCGGAGCCCUCGCCCCCAGCUCUCUCUUCCUUCAGACCCAGGAGUCCUCGUCUCGGGCCCUCAUUCCUCUGGCCCAGGAGUUCAGAUCCCCAGCUCCUUCCUCCCUGAGAUCCAGGAGUCCAGGCCCCCACUUCCUUCUUCCCUUGGGACCUAGAAGUCCAGCUUCCCAGCCUCCUGCACCCUCAGAGUCGGGCUCCUGGGCCCUCAGUACUCAGCCUCCCCACCUUGAAUCAGGGGAACAGACCCUCUGCUCCCCUCUUCCCACAACCUGAUUUCCUGCUCUGGGCUCCUUCCUUACCACCCAGUGUCCCAACCCCAAGCUCUCCACUCCCUAGUCUCCUUUCCUAGAACUCAGGAGCCCGGAGCACUCAUCCUUCCUGUCCUUUCUCAGGGUCUUAGAGUACAAGCACUUAGCUGUCUUCAGGAGGAGUUCUAGUCCCCAGCCCCACCUCCACGGAUCCAAAAUUCGGUUCCCCCAUUCCUGUAGGGGAAUGGAGUGCGUGGUCCAUGCCUCCGGACUGCAGCUGCAAGUUCCCCAGCAAUGGGAGUGGCCCGGGCCGGGGAGGUAGGGACCCCUGCAUCUGAGCGCGGCACCCACCCUACCCCCACCGCGCCAGCGCCAGCACCAGAAGCCACAACAGCAGCGCUCCAAUACCCGUGAUCAUCAUUGCAGUUCUCCACGCCUGGACCUCUAUUUGAUUUCCAAAGGGUCUUGGGUGGAGCAGGGGCGGAGACCCGACGUGGGAGGAGUGGGCGUCUCUGGGCUGCUCAUUCCGUGGAUUCCCCAACCAGACAUCUCCACCGCGCCCCCAGCCCUAGUGGAACUGUGCCCUGGCUCCCCCUGGCUUUUUUUUGUGUGCCUGCCUCAGCCUGCCCUACUUAGCAACUUUUGUGCACCAGUAUUUUCCUGUCAACACACCUGGCCAACAGGUGCAGCCUCCUGAGUCCCUAGCACCUUUGAGUCCAAUUUACUUGGCCUGCAGGUGUGUAUUCCUCAAUCUCCGGGCCACCUCUGGGCACCCUGAAUGCUGUACCCUGGACCUCUGAUUCCUAAAUACACACUGACUCUCAA